CAGCGUACAUGCCUGAAGAUGAGCUUAAGACAGCCUCUCAUGAUGAGGAAGAGCACCUGCAGGAUGAUGGCCUCUCAUUAGACGGCCAGGACACUGAGUUCUUGUGCAAUGAGGAAGAGGAAGAUGUGGAUGGAGGCCAGGCCCCUAGCUACAGAGACUCUCCACUCAGCAAUGGUACUAACCCCGAUGCCGGAUAUGGGUCUCCACUCAGUGAUGCUAGUGACCGAAUUGCGGACUUCAAGAGCACCCCCUCCAGGGACGGCCAGGAGAGGGAAGGCCUUGCUCUGCCUUUCCGUCCCAACAACGGCUUGUCUUUCCAGGAUAGUCUGGCAAAGAUGAAAGCCGUCUAUGCAAAUCUCAUCUCUGAUGCCUCUUGGUCUAGCAUUACAAUGGACAUCAUGAAAUCUAAACCUACUGCUGCUGUUGGCAGUGUUAACACUUCACUCUCAACCCCAGAGCCUAUACCUGCUUCCUCUAUCUCAACUACUACCACAAACAAAAGUAGUGGGGUCAACGUGGCUAGUAGUCACCACAAUGGUAAAACCUCCACCCCCACUGUCAACCACACAAGCAGCCUGAGUGCCAAUACGAAUGGCACAACAGCUAGCUCUGCUAGCAACCACAGCGCAACCAGCAGCAGUGGGAGCAGCAGCGGUGGGGCCAGCAAUGGUAGCGGUGUGGCCUAUGACUGGCACCAGGCAGCACUUGCAAAAACUCUCCAGCAGACCCCCUACCACCUUUUACCUGAACCCAGCCUCUUUAGCACAGUGCAGCUCUACCGGCAAAACAACAAGCUGUAUGGCUCGGUAUUUACUGGAGCAAGUAAGUUUCGCUGCAAAGACUGCAGUGCUGCCUAUGACACACUGGUGGGUCUGACCGUCCAUAUGAAUGAGACGGGCCACUAUCGAGAUGACAACAAGGACAAAGAGGAGGAUCAGGGGAAGCGCUGGUCCAAACCACGCAAGCGUUCCUUGAUGGAGAUGGAAGGGAAAGAGGAUGCUCAGAAAGUUCUUAAGUGCAUGUACUGUGGCCACUCUUUUGAGUCUCUACAAGAUCUCAGCGUUCAUAUGAUCAAGACCAAGCAUUACCAGAAAGUGCCUCUCAAAGAACCAGUGCCAGCCCUGGCUACUAAACUGGUGCCAACUUCAGCUAAAAAGCGUGCUAUUCAAGAUGCUAUAGUCUCCCCAUGCUCCCCAGACUCUUUUCAUGCUGGCGGGGGUGGUAGUGUUUCUCUUGGGGAUGUAGGCAAAGACGCAAAAGCUGCAGCUAACCCAUAUGUAACGCCAAACAAUCGCUACGGCUACCAAAAUGGUGCCAGCUACACGUGGCAGUUUGAAGCUCGCAAAGCGCAAAUCCUCAAGUGCAUGGAGUGCGGAAGCUCACAUGACACAUUACAACAACUGACUGCCCACAUGAUGGUCACAGGUCACUUUCUGAAGGUCACAAACUCUGCAUCCAAGAAGGGCAAGCAGCUGGUGUUUGAUCCAGUAGUGGAAGAAAAGAUUCAGUCCAUCCCACUACCACCAACCACCACUAGACUCCCAGUUCCUAGUAGCGUUAAGUCCCAGCCAGUGUCCCCGGCACUGUCUUCUGGCUCAGAAGAAAAGCGAGAAGGAGUUGAGGAUGAAAAAAUGGAAGGAUGUGAGCUAGUGGAGAGAAAAAUUAAAGAGGAGAAAGAUGAUUUAAGUGAGAAAUCAGAAACUGAAACCAAGUCUUAUAAGUACCUUAGAGAAGAAGAUCUAGAGGAGACACCUAAGGAGGGUUUGGAUAUUCUUAAAUCCCUUGAAAACACUGUAUCCAGCGCCAUCAGCAAGGCCCAGACAGGCACACCCACUUGGGGUGGUUACCCUAGCAUUCAUGCAGCCUACCAGCUGCAGGGUGCCAUGAAGAAUUCAGCUACUGUUCUGCCGCCAACAGUCCAGAGUGUCCAGAUGCAGCCGAUGUUUAAUAGUGGGCUACGAGGUCUCGUGGGUGACCCUAACUCGGUCAUCCACUCCCCUCGAAGCCCUUCCUCCCCAACUCCCCUCAGGAGCAAUGUCACUGCCAUGGAGGAGCUUGUGGAAAAAGUGACAGGUAAAGCUGCCACUGUGAAGAAAGAAAAGGAGGAGAAGAUGGUGAGUCUGGAGCGAUCCAGGCCUCCAUCUUUAGUUAAAUCCCCUUCUCCUGCACUGAGAGAGCAGAGAGAGCAAUUACCAUCUCCAAAUGACCUUUCUGUAGGUAAAUCAUCUGGCAUGAGCAGUGUCAGUCAAGGUAAUAUAGACUCGGAGAUUGUCUGUAAGAAGGAGCCCAAAGAGAGCCUAGUGGACGGCCACAACAGCCAUUCAAAGAGUGGCUCUGAGGCAUGUCAAUCUCCGAUAACCAAUGGCAACAGUCUUGGCAUUAUCACUGAUCACUCACCCGAAAGUCCUUUCAUCAACCCUCUCAGCGCACUCCAGUCAAUCAUGAACACACAUCUGGGAAAGGCUUCCAAAUCGGUAAGCCCAGCUGCAGAUCCACUGUCUAUGCUUUACAAAAUCAGCAACAGCAUGAUGGAUAAACCAGCUUUCAACCCAACUGCUCAGGGCAAGUCAGCUGAGCCCAUCAACCACUAUCACCUGUAUGAAAACAACGACCAGCCCAUAGACCUGAGUAAAAACAAGUCUGCUACCAAUAGCACCAACAGUAGCAGCAGUGUGCUCUUGUCCAAUAAUAGUGUCAACGGCAACAAGCCUCUUAUUUCCCUCUCUGAAUCAAUCUCCUCUCCUCUGAGAGAGAAUGCUUUGAUGGACAUUUCAGAUAUGGUAAAAAACCUCACAGGAAGGCUGACGCCAAAAUCUUCCACCCCUUCGUCUAUCUCAGAGAAGUCCGAUGCAGACGGCAGUGCGUUUGAGGAUGCCUUGGAGGACCUCUCUCCGGUGCAGAAAAGGAAAGGGAGGCAGUCCAACUGGAAUCCUCAGCAUCUCCUCAUCCUGCAGGCACAGUUUGCGUCAAGCCUGAGGGAGACCCCAGAGGGUCGUUACGCAAUGACUGACCUGGGCCCUCAAGAAAGGGUCCACAUCUGUAAAUUCACAGGCCUCUCCAUGACAACCAUAUCUCACUGGCUGGCUAAUGUGAAGUAUCAGCUGAGACGGACUGGGGGCACCAAGUUUCUCAAGAACAUAGACUCAUGCCAGCCAGUGUUCCUGUGUGGUGACUGUGCCUCUCAGUUCAGGACUCCUUCCUCCUACAUCAGCCACCUGGAGUCUCACCUGGGCUUCAGCCUGAAGGACCUGUCCAAACUGUCAGCGGAGCACCUACGAGAGCAGCAGGCUGUCUCAAAGGUGAUCACAGACAAAAUGACAUUCGGCAGCCCGCUGUCAGCUUUGACCACACCAGAGGACGACACAGGCUCCGUGUACCAGUGCAGACUUUGCAAUCGGACAUUUGUCAGCAAACACGCAGUCAAACUGCACCUUAGCAAGACCCACGGCAAGUCUCCGGAGGACCACCUGGUGUUUGUCACUGCUCUGGAGAAACUAGAGAAGCUCGACAAAAUGGAGAAAGUUUAAUCAAGCAAGUCCGUGAGCUGCUGAGGGGAGAGACUGACAGCUGUGGAACUGACUAGAAUUUCAUUGCACUAAAAUGACUUUGUUCACAGUUACUGCACUGGGCCGAACUGAGCCGCCAGAAAAAAAUGAGAGAAAUUUCAGUCUUACUAUUUUUAGUUGUGACAACUGCCUGACUGGACCAUUUCUUUUGAUGUUGUUUUUUUGUUUUGUUUUGCCAAGCUUUUUUUUACACUUAUUUUGUAAAAUAUUUAUAUGCUAUUUGUCUGAUCUGUGCAUGUAUUUUAGUGAAACAAGGUUAAAGACGAGAUUUAAUCUUUUCAUUGCAAAAAAUACAACUACUGCUUCGACGGUGAAAGUGAGUGGGAAGAAUUAGCAGAUGAGAGAACUGUAAAAUACUUGAUGAUAAACAUUAAAUGUAUACGCCAAAAGAGUGAAUGGAUAUCCCGAAAGACCGAAGUACAGUAGCACCUUAGACAGUUAAAUUUUGAAUUUGUGAAGAGAACUUCUUACAUUUGUCAAAACCUGAUUUGAAGAAAAAAAAAAUCAAGGAUUCUCAUUCCCGCCCUCCCCACUCGUCUCCUUGGUUUUCUGUCACUACAAUGGCUUUAGGUGAUAAACGGCCUGACAAUUAAACUUGUCAGUGUUUGGAGGGAAAAAAAGAUCAUUUGGAAAAUGCUGCUUCUUGUUUUCAGUCAAUCAAUGAAAGUGAUGGCCAUUUGUAUGCAAGUUUGCUCAAACAAAAAAAAAAGACAAACAAACAUUUCUUUGCUGUGAAGUCUCACUUUCUAGCAGUUUUCCAGUUGUAUGGUUUGUUACAACUUUCUCUUUCUAAAUUGUGUCACUUUCAGCUGUAAAGAGAUCAGUCCGUUACAUGUAAAUGACCACCAGUGAAAAGUCAGUGCUCCAUAAGACAUAUCGUCCCAUUUGAAAUGGCUCAACAUUCUUUGUAUGUUAAGGUGUGUGCAUUCUCUAACUUUUAUAUUGUCAUUUUAUAUACAAAAAUUAUAAAAAAAAAUACAAAUAAAAACAGAUGGUGUACAUAGAUAUAUGCUGUAGAGCUACAAAAUGUCCUUUUUUUAAAAGAAGAUACAAAUUAAGCUUCUUUGGCUCAGUUUACAGAAAUGAUUUUAAUUAUACUUGCAUCCAAUUUGGUGCAUGAAAUGGUGUGGAAAAAUAAAUAAGCGAUGCACAAUGACUAUAUAUUUCAAUGUUUUAUUGACAAUAUUGUUUUAAAAACCUGACAAAACUUUUUAGCACUAAUUAGUUUGUUUGAUUUCUUUCUCAAUUGUAAAAUAAACCCCAAAGCAGUUGUUAACAGUCGUA